UUUUCAUUAAUAUGAAUGUACCUUUCUGAAAAAAAAAAAAAGGAAUUUUCUAAGCUUCGUAAUAUAUAGACCACUAAAUAAAUAGUACUCCCAUGCUUGAAACGGCUAUUGAACUCGGAACGGGAAUAUUCAGCAGUUCAAUUAAGCACCCUGUUGGCUCGUCGUAUUCCGUCGAGAAAGAUCAGACAAACCAGAUUGUGUGUUCAGUAGUGAUAGCUGACCAGUGAAGUGACUCAGAAAAAGGUAACCCAACAUCAAACCGGCGUGGGAAAACAAGAUAAUCGACGUUUAACCGAACCGCUUCUCCGCUUAACCCAAACCCCCAUUAAAUCCUGCCGGACAUAUUAAAAAACCAACCAAAACCGCUCUCUGCUUUCCGGCAACCGUCUCCGUCCCCGUCUUUGUUGCAGGCGCUGCCACCUAUUACAGUAACCAUCGUGCAUGAUCCUCUCUUCUUUGCUAUUAUUUCCGUACAGUUUAAACCUUACAAUCCUCAAACCCCCUAUAUUACUUUCUCCGCCGGUGAAAAUGAAGGACCGGCCGCCGUCUUCGUACGGCGCCGUUUAUGUUCCUCCACAUAACCGCUUACGCUCCCUCAUUACCGGUGCCAGCAUUAAUUCUGCUUCUCCUCCACAUUUUGCUGAUCCCAAGCCAGCUUUAAGUGCUACUAAACAGCAGAGCUCAGUUGUCAGUCCUAGAGACGCUCAUUUAACUCACCAUUCUAGGAAGAAAAGCUCAAUCGAUGAAUUGUCAUCCCAAGGCUCUGAUCGAGACGUUGAACUUUCUGUUCAUUCGGGUGGUUUCACCUAUGAUACCCUUGAUGCUUGGAAAUGCAAAUUGCAAGCUCUUGUAAGAGAUAAGAAUAAGCAAGAAGUAGUUUCAAAAGAGAAGAAGGCCAGACGUGAUUAUGAAGAUAUAGCUGCUAUGGCAAGUGAAAUGGGUUUAUAUAGCCAGCUGUAUGGAAAAGUAGUUGUUGUGAGCAAGGCUCCACUCCCAAACUACAGGUUUGAUCUAGAUGAAAAGCGUCCACAGAGAGAGGUGCUCUUGCCUCCAGGGUUGCAGAAACGUGUUGAUUAUUAUCUGGGAGAAUAUAUUUCCCAAAAGCCUAGGGGGAUGGAUGCGUGGAUAAUACCAAGCAGUGAUGGUAGUAUUGCUACUGAUGAGGGGCUUUUUGAACAACCGGAACCUCUCGCACCCAGUAAGGCUGCUAUGGAGAAAAUCACUCACAAGAGAAGCCUGAAAAUGCACUCGGAGCAGGAAACUUGGCAGGAAUCUGAAGAAGGUCAGAAGAUGCUGAAAUUUCGCAAAAGUCUUCCAGCUUAUAAGGAAAAAGAUGCAAUCUUAAAUGCCAUUUCAAAUAACCAGGUCAUCAUAAUCUCUGGUGAAACUGGUUGCGGAAAGACAACUCAGGUUCCACAAUUCAUUUUAGAGUCUGAGAUUGAUUCCGUACGUGGUGGAAUGUGCAACAUUAUUUGCACACAGCCCCGAAAAAUAUCUGCCAUUUCUGUUUCAGAAAGAGUUGCCACAGAAAGAGGAGAAAUGCUGGGUGAAACUGUUGGAUAUAAAGUCAGGUUAGAAGGUGUGAGAGGGAUGGAUACUCGUCUGCUAUUUUGCACAACUGGCAUCUUGUUGAGAAGAUUGUUGAUUGAUAAAACCUUGAAAGGCGUGACACAUGUUAUUGUUGAUGAGGUACACGAACGCGGAAUUAAUGAAGAUUUCUUGCUGAUAGUUCUAAAAGAUCUACUUCCCCGCCGUCCAGAACUAAGGUUAAUUUUGAUGAGUGCAACAUUGGAUGCAGAUUUCUUCUCAUCAUACUUUUCUGGGGCACCCCUGGUUCACAUUCCGGGCUUUACAUACCCUGUACGAACUCAUUUUCUGGAAAAUGUUCUGGAAACGACGGGAUACAGGUUAACACCACACAAUCAGCUUGAUGAUUAUGGUAUAGAGAAAUCAUGGAAAAUGAAUAAGCAAGCUCCAAGAAAGCGGAAGAGCCAAAUUGCGUCUGCCGUUGAGGAUACUAUCCGAGAAGCUAAUUUUAAUGAUUAUAGUCCUCAGACUCGGGAGUCCUUGUCUUGCUGGAAUCCUGAUUGUAUCAACUUCAAUCUUAUAGAGAACCUUUUAGACUACAUUUGCCAAAAUGGUAAGCCUGGUGCUGUCCUGGUUUUCUUGACUGGCUGGGAUGACAUUAGUGCUUUGAAGGAAAAGCUCCAAGGACAUCGUAUACUGGGAGAUACAAGUCGAGCUCUUCUAUUAACCUGCCAUGGUUCUAUGGCUAGUUCAGAGCAGAGGCUUAUAUUUGACAAGGCUGAAGAUGGAGUGAGGAAAAUUGUGUUAGCUACCAACAUUGCGGAAACAAGUAUCACAAUUGAUGACGUUGUGUUUGUGAUUGACUGUGGAAAGGCAAAAGAGACGUCAUAUGAUGCAUUGAAUAACACUCCUUGCUUGCUUCCAUCCUGGAUUUCCAAAGUUUUGGCCAAACAAAGAAGAGGAAGAGCUGGGCGUGUCCAACCUGGAGAAUGCUACCAUCUUUAUCCUAAAUGUGUCUAUGAUGCUUUUGCCGACUAUCAACUACCAGAGAUAUUAAGAACACCUUUGCAGUCACUUUGUUUGCAGAUCAAAAGUUUAAAACUUGGUAGUAUUUCUGAGUUUCUAUCUAGGGCUUUGCAGGCGCCAGAAUCCUUAGCGGUACAAAAUGCUAUUGAGCAUUUGAAGGUUAUUGGGGCUUUGGAUGGGAAUGAGAAUCUGACCCCUUUAGGGCGCUACUUAACAAUGCUUCCUAUGGAGCCUAAACUUGGAAAGAUGCUUUUACUUGGUUCCAUGUUGCAUUGUCUGGACCCAAUACUCACUAUUGUUGCCGGCCUGAGUGUUCGUGAUCCAUUUUUAAGUCCAUUAGAGAAGAAAGAUCUAGCAGAAGCUGCAAAAGCGCAGUUUUCCCAUGAUUACAGUGAUCACCUGGCACUUCUGCGGGCAUACCAGGGGUGGAAAGAUGCUGAAAGAGAUUUGAAUGGAUAUGAGUACUGCUGGAAGAACUUUCUGUCAGCUCAAUCUAUGAAAGCUAUAGAUUCUCUUAGAACGGAGUUCUACCUGUUGCUGAAGGAUACAGGUCUUGUAGAUAGUAACUCUGCCAUUUACAAUACUUGGAGCUAUGAUGAGCAUCUUGUCAGAGCCGUCAUUUGUUAUGGCUUAUACCCAGGAGUUUGUUCUGUUGUGCCAAAUGAAAAGUCAUUCUCAUUGAAAACAAUGGAGGACGGCCAGGUGCUUUUGCACUCUAACUCAGUAAAUGCACGAAACUUCGAUAUAGCAUUUCCAUGGCUAGUUUUUAAUGAGAAGAUCAAGGUGAACUCUAUUUUCCUUCGGGAUUCAACUGCCGUGUCCGAUUCGGUGCUACUCCUAUUUGGUGGCAGUAUCCAGAAAGGGGAUGUGGACGGGCAUCUGAAAAUGCGUGGAGGAUACUUGGAGUUCUUCAUGAGCCCUGGUCUAGCAAAAAUGUAUCAGAGCUUAAGGAAAGAAUUUGAAGAGUUAAUCCAUGCUAAACUCCUGCACCCCAAAAUGGGCAUACGCUCGCAUCAUGCACUCUUGUCUGCAAUAAGAUUGAUGAUUGCAGAGGAUCAAGGUUGUGGUAGAUUUGUAUUUAAUCGACAAGUAGAACAGCAUCUGAAGCCACCUGUUGUAGCUGCAGUAACACCACCGAACUUGAUCUCAAGGACCGACAGUGGUCCUGGAGGUGAUAAUUCAAAGAGCCAGCUGCAGACGUUGUUGGCUCGAGCAGGCUAUGGAACACCAGUUUAUAAGACUAAGCAAGAGGGCAAUAGCCAGUUUCGUGCGGCUGUAGAAUUCAAUGGUUUGCAGAUAAUGGGACAACCAUGCAACAACAAGAAGCAAGCAGAAAAAGAUGCAGCAUCUGAGGCUCUGGAGUGGCUUUUGGGACAUCAGCAGAGAGAUCAGGAUUAUAUUGAACGCAUGUCCAUGUUCCUCAAAAAGAGCAAAAGAGAUCACAGAUAAAAUUGAUGUACCUAAUUAUGACUGGACUGUGAUUUGCAGAUUACCAGAAUGAUGCACAUUCAAAAAGAAAAAGAAAUGAAAUGAAGAAAGCACAUGAAGAGCCAAGCUUCUGAAGCACAGCCUUGCUCAUGGCGCUGGUCUUUUACUGUUGUGUUUGUUUACGGUAACGAUCAUGCUGACAGAACUAAGAAUGGAUUGUUGCUAUGAACAUAGUGGAGUAGAAGUCAUUAGCGGACAUUACAGGAGGCUAUUAAACUAUUGCAUGCCGUGUCGACCUGCUUAGAGGCGAUGUGCUUCACUAAGAAAACCGAUCAAGCACCCGAGAUGAUCCCGAUGAAAAUAUGCAUUAUGCAUAACGAGAGAUUAUCUGCGUAGUAUUUAGCUUCUUGUAGAAUCUCAGGGUUCAAUCAUUAGGUUUGAUCCUUGUUUGUAAAUAGCCCUCCGCAGCCGCCCCUUGAAUUGUACAUCGGAAUGACAUUUAUUGCGACACUUAUUAUAGUUCGACACUUUUUUUUAAUAGAUACCAACACUUGCAGUGAAUAUGAGCUACCAUUUGGAUUAGUUUUAGAUAAGAAGCAUAAAAAUGUUUAGAUCUUCCGUAAGGCAGAAUUAUGAAAAUGUGACCCGUUGAAUCCGAGUGUCUAAUCUAGCUAUA